CCUUCUAAAUUAUCUAGCGUUUACCAAAAUGGCAGCAGAUUUCAAGACCGCACAGCCCAGAGAAUAUUACAGAAGAUUUUUGAAAGAAGACGUACGUCCAGAUGGAAGAUCUUUAGAAGAAAUCCGACCGACCAUCUUGAAUGUGGGGUCGAUAUCAACAGCUGAUGGGUCAGCAUUGGUGAAGCUUGGUCAUACUUCUGUUAUUUGUGGAAUCAAAGCUGCAAUUGCUAAACCUGCUGCAGAAAAACCAAAACAGGGGUUCAUAGUACCAAAUGUGGACUUACCACCUCUGUGUUCAUCCCGGUUUAAACCUGGGCCUCCAAGCGACCAAGCGCAAGCAGUUUCACAACUGGUGGCUGAUAUAAUUAAAAAUGCUGGCAUUAUUGAUCUUGAAGAUUUAUGUAUUGCCGAAGAUAAAUUGUGUUGGGUACUUUAUUGUGACUUAAUGUGCUUAGAUUAUGAUGGGAACAUAGUUGAUGCCUGUAUGAUUGUAUUAAUGGCUGCUCUUAAAAAUGGUGAGUUUUUUUGGUUUGUAUGUGUGUGCGUACGUGUGUGUGUAUGUUAUACCAACAUUUGUGAACAGCAAAACAUGUGUAUAAGAGACAGAAUAUUAAUUGCAGACCCAACAGUUGAAGAGGAGGAUCUAGCGACAGGAGUGGUUACUAUCGCUUUGAAUGAAAAUAAUAACCUCUGUUGUCUUCAUAAACCAGGUGGUAGCCCUUUGACUGAAAACCAGUUACAAGACUGUAUCAACAGAGCUAAAGUAAGGACAGUUGAAGUCCGCAAACUUAUAACAACAACAGCUGACAGCGUGGAGCGGUAGUUCUUAACAUAUUUCCUUGCUGACAUUCAAACUUGCGCCACCAGUUGAGGAUUUUCUGCUAAAAUUCCAAAACGAUCCAUUCCCAGAAGCCGAAGCCUCCAAUUGAUAAAAAAAAAAUUAAAGAUGUU